AUGACAAGGGAUCAGAGAGGUAAGUGGCUCUGUCAAGAGUGCAAGAGUAAGAAGCCAAAAACGAGUAAUGUGAAUACGCCGGUGCGCUCUUUGAGGGAGUACGACGAUGAUGCUACGGCUGCUGCUGCCAUUGAGUCUGAAAAAAAUACUAUACCAGACAACAUUACCGUGCGAAGGCCAGGUCGCAGUACGGGUGAUAUUGGGCGUGAUGAAUUGGUUGAAGCAAUAUCUGAACGUGUUCUCGACUCUAUCCGGUUAGAACUGCCAUCCAUCUUUUCGCGUGUAUUGAGCAAAGAGCUUUCCACCAUCAAGACUGAUGUUCAGGAGCUUCGUAAGUCAGUGGAGUUCAUCAGCGGAGCACAUGAUGACCUAAAACUCUCCAUUGAUACAUUGAUCAAGGAUAAUGCUCAUCUAAAAGGCGCAAACCAGCUAUUGCAAACCACGGUUCACGAUCUGGAAGGAAGAUUAAAUAGCCUGGAACAGCACUUAAGAGAGAAUAAUUUAGAAUUGCAUGGUGUCCCUGAAUUUCGUUCGGAGAAUUUGUCUACCGUAUUGCAUCAAUGUGCGCAAUUUACUGGGCACAAAUUAAAUGAUGGAGACGUAGUUAGCUGUGUGAGAGUUGCAAAACUUAAUAAGGACAGCAAACUGCCUAAGACUAUUGUGGCUAAAUUUAAGAGUGUCCGGAGUCGUGACGAAUUCUAUUCAGCUGUGUACCGCUACAACAAAGCCAACCCUAAUGACAAACUGAAUACGAAUCAUUUGGGCGUAGCGGGUGAGAAAAAGCCUAUUUAUGUCUGUGAGCACUUGUCCCCAUUCUAUAAGACCCUUCAUGCAGCUGCGAGGAAAAAAGCAAAGGAGACUGGGUACAAGUUCGUAUGGGUACGCAAUGGACGCAUUUUCGUUAGAAAGGACCCCAACUCUUCGUACAUCCACAUCAAGAACCAGGAAAGUCUUGCACUUAUUCGUUAA